AUGGAUCAGUACAAAGGCUGUUUAUUAGGUGCAUUGAUUGGAGAAUGCAUCGGAACACCCCUGAGACGCCCCACGUCUUGUCACAUGAACUUGGCGGGGGUGCGUAGCAAGGUCUCGACUUACUGGGAAAAAUUCUUAAUAACGCACGCUUACGCCAAGUCUCUACUGGAUACCGGCUUCUUUUCCAUGGAGAAUGCCGCACGACAAUGUAGCCAAACCUUUUACCACAACCACACUAAGCGCCAAGCUUUUGGUGAACUGACCACCAUUAUUGCCAGUUGGAAACAUUCUCCCCAAAAAGACUGGACCGCUGCGGCUAUGACAGUCCGCAACCGCGGAACAGAAUGUAAUGCCGCCACUUGGAUAACAGCGUUUCCCUUGUACUUUUACAAUCGGACGGAGCAGAUGAGUUUCUCUGUAGACCGUGUAGCUCGGCUCACCCACUCUUCCAAUGAAGCUGCCGCUGGAGCACAACUGCAGGCCUAUGCCAUCAGUCUGGUUCUAAAGAAUCCACAGCUGACCGAGCUGGAGUUUCUAUCCGCUCUUGUUGAGUACAGCAAUAAGUCUCUCCCCGAAUGUGUACGUGAGAAAUUUUAUACACGUAUGAUGAUUGUUUUGGACUAUGCGCAACGUGCCGAACCAAAGGAGAAACUGUUCAAAGCUAUUGGUGUCGGUACUAGCCCCUUGGAAGCCGUCCCUGUUGCUGUUUACUGCGCUGCUAUUGGUCGCCGCAGUAGCUAUUCAUUCGAAUCCACCCUCCACGCUACAAUGUUAACUGGAGGAUGCACAGAUGCCAUCGGCAUCAUGGCUUGUGCCAUUGCUGGAGCCUGGUCUGGAUUUUCAAGCAUACCCGCUGACCUGGUUGGUAACUGGGACGGGCAGGAGCAGGUGUAUGCCUUAGCCGAAGAACUGGGCAAUUACGUCAGUAAACUUCACAACCCCGACGGGCCACUCAGUACUUUUGCGAACUGGCCACACCUCCUUCCUUCUGCAGGCGCCAUGGCAAGAACGGGACUGUACUACACCGGAUCUGAUGAUACAGUUAAAUGUCAUUACUGUCGAUUUACAAUGAGCAACUGGACACCGGGAGAUCCAUACAAUGACCAUCAGAAAUUUAACCGAAAUUGUAUUUUUGUCAAAGACUGUACUGCUACUCCUGCGUAUGUUCAUGCGGCCUGA